AUGUAACAUUAUGCCUAUGAAAGCAAGUUUCUAAAGUUUUAUACUAUUCGAAUAAUUUAAAUUUGUGAAUAAAAAACUUUAAAGAUUGGAUUGAAAUAAAUCAGAGAGUAUUCUAAUAGGCAAUCUAAAAUUAAUAAAAAUAAGAAUAAUAAAUCAAAAGAAUAGGUAUAUCGAGGUGAAAUCUAUAUAUCUACAAGAAAAUAUAUUCAGAUACUUUCUAAACUUCCAAAAUUAACUUAAAAUAUUAAUUUAUCUGACCAUUUAAAAAAAAAAAUAGGAUUGAAUUCUCAGAUCACAACUAAUGUUAAGGAAAAAGUAUCAUUUAUAAUUGAAAAAAAGAACUAAGAACAAGAAAUCUUAUAUCAACAAGGUAUAUAAAAUCUCAAAAAUCAUUAAUUUAUAAGAGGUGGAAUUUAAAUCAUUUAUAGUACUACAUAGGUCGCAAUCCAAAAAUCAAUAAUAGAAAUUAAAGUAUUGAUGGUAAUUGCAAUGCCUGCACUUAUUGUUACUGUUUUUCUUAAAUUAAUUAAGUUAAGGUGA